AUGCCGGAAAACCCGUUGGACUAUCAUGACGAUCAAACUUCUUCAAUUAUUAUUGACCUUGCUACUUUGCUUAAAAGGAACUGGAAUGUGAUCAUUCUCCAUGUGAACAGUUCUGUGAAUGGUGUGGAUCAUGGGCUAGCUGAUAUUGGUCGAACCAUGGAUGUGGAGUGCACUUAUCACUUCCAACCUCCAAAGAGUAUUAUGCAAUGCUAUCAGAAGGAAAUCCCUCCUGCUGUAGCCAUUUACUCUUAUGCGUUACUGGCCUCUUCAGUUAUGGCUAGGCUUUUGAAGAAUGACAGUGUAUACAGAUUUCUAAUGCACCGCUUUUUGGGGGGCUAUAUUCUUUUCUGCAUUUGGUUAAUGUGUAGAGCGUGCCACCGCCGCCCUCCUUGCUGUUGUCCCUCACGCCGCCGGCCAACCACCUCAGACGCUCCUCCUCCGUCGCGUGCAACCUUCCUCGCCGGUAACUUCUUCUUCCUCCUUUUCUCCUUCGGUUUUCCUUCUCCCUUUCGUUCUCUCCUCCUUAAUGCUUGUGUUCAUUUGUUGCGACAGCCACCUGCACCCCGUCGCUGCCGCCAACCAACCAGCACCGGCCGUUGGCCCCUUCCCUUCUCCUUCGCGAAGCAUCAACACUCCUCCUUUUCUUUCUCCUCUGCGUGCGUUUCCUCCUGCUUGCACCACCAGCCACCUUCGGUCACCCUGCUGCGCCACCACCCAUCGCCGCGCUGCCACUGUGGCAUCGCCGUGCUGCUGCACCAACCGCCGUCAGCUCUUCCUCCCUUCACUUUUUGGCGGAGAAUUCUCUUUAGGCGACUUUUGAAAGUGUUAAAGUGGCCUAUUAGUUGUUUAUGCAAGUCUCUAAGGAUCAAUAAGCGUUGCCCAUCUACAGGUUUGAAGAUGAUGCACCAUUGGGAUCGGGAUUAGAGAGCUUGUUGUUCUAUUUGUUUACUUGAGUGAUUUAAUUUGUUAACUUGGAUUUGAAAUUUGUCGUACUAUUCGUAUUUCCUUAUUUCAGUUAAUUGGUUUGGACCUAAUAUGUAAUAGAUUAUUUAUGAACCUAAAAGUUAGUUUUAUGUUUUCCGCUGCAAAAUUCUGAAUAAGCCGUUACGUUUUUACA